CUUCCGGUGACGAUCCUGGAUGCUGCUGCUGGUCCUGGAUGAUAGAAUAGUGAAGAUAAAGGCAAGCAGCAGAGAUGGAGUCCAGUGAGGAGGGGGGCCUCAGUGUCGGGGGCUCUGUGGGGGAGGAGAACUACUUCUUGGGAUACACCUUCACUGACCGCUCCCACUCCAGCCGGGUGGUGAAGAGCAUCAUGGACCUGUGCCUGCAGGACGGCCUGUUCGCUGAUGUAACCGUCAACGUGGACAGCAAGGAGUUUCACCUACAUCGACUCGUGCUCUCAGCACAGAGCAGCUUCUUCCGCUCCAUGUUCACUUCCAACCUCAAAGAGUCCCACGACCGCGCUAUUGAGUUGAAAGACGUGAGUGCCACCGUCUUUCAGCUUUUGAUUGACUACAUCUAUCACGGGACAAUCAAACUGAGGGUGGAGGAGCUGCAGGACACUUAUGAGAUGGCGGACAUGUACCAGCUGACCGCACUGUUUGAGGAAUGCUCCCGCUUCCUCUCAAGGACAGUAGAGGUCAAGAGCUGCCUGCAGGUGAUGUGGCUUGCAGACAGACACAGUGACCAGGAGCUAUAUACUGCUGCCAAGCACUGUGCUAAAAUCCACUUGACCCAACUCCAUCAGACCGAAGAAUUUCUAAAUCUGCCUUUUUGUCUGCUCUUGGACAUCAUCAAAGAUGGCGUUCCGAGCUCCCAGAAUCCAACAUUGGCAAUCGAGUCGUGGAUAAACCACAACAAGGUGGAGAGAGAGAAGUUUUCCUGUGUCCUCCAUGAAAAUCUUAAAGAAAUUGGUGAGAAUGUCCACAUUUACCUGAUCGGUAAAGAGGAGACGAGGACCCACUCCCUGGCCGUGUCACUCCACUGUGACGAGGACGAUGUGAUCAGUGUGAGUGGCCAGAACAGUUUAUGCCAUCAGAUCACUGCAGCCUGUAAACACGGAGGGGACCUGUAUGUUGUGGGGGGGUCUAUCCCUCGUCGCAUGUGGAAAUGCAACAUGCAUACGAUGGACUGGGAGCGCUGCGCCCCACUACCCAGAGACCGCCUCCACCACACCAUGGUCUCUGUCUCCAAUGAGGAUGCUAUCUACUCACUAGGGGGUAAGACGUUGCAGGACACACUCUCUAAUGCCGUCAUCUACUACACGGUGAAGGACAACAUGUGGACAGAGACCAGCCAGUUGGACACUGGCGUGUCCGGGGCCGCUGGAGUCAACUUGGGAGGUACCAUCUACCUGCUCGGAGGUGAGGAGAACGACAUGGACUUUUUCACAAAGCCCUCCCGUCUCAUUCAGUGCUUUGACACCUCCUCGCAGAAGUGUCAGAUCAAACCGUACAUGCUGCCAUUCGCCGGAUGCAUGCAUGCCGCUGUCCACAUGGAUGUGAUCUUUAUCGUGGCAGAAGGAGACUCCCUGGUGUGCUACAACCCUCUGCUGGAGAGCUUCACCCGCCUGCGCUUCCCUGAGGUGUGGAGCUGCGUUCCCUCACUGUGGAAGGUGGCCAGCUGCAAUGGCUGCAUAUAUGUCUUCAGGGACAAAUGUAAGAAAGGUGACGCGAACACUUUAAAGUUUAACCCGGCUACGUCUGUCGUCUCAGUGAUCAGAGGCAUAAAGAUCCUGCUCACAAACUGGCAGUUUGUUCUGGCCUGAACUCCUCUGGACGCUCACACUCUGCUCCACACACUCGCCACGGAGAAUCAGGGAAGACUGCUGGAUAACUUACCAUGACUUCACUGUUCAGACAUCCUGUGAGGAGACCUGAUCUAAAUGUAUUUACCCAGCUGGUUUCUGUGUCACUCAUUCCAUUCAGACUCCAGUUAAAACUGUUCAGUGAUGCGUGUGUCACUUGUGUUACAGUGUGUCUCAUUGUGAGUGUCUUAGCUGAGAAGUCAGAAAAGUUUGUGGCAGUGCUGUAACCAGUAAUGAAGUAAUCUGCAUUGUUUCCUGUGCACCGCUUGUUUGUUGAUGCGCAUGAACAACUCGAGCGUGAAAUUAACGUGACCGGACAUUCAGUUUAUUGUAUGUGAACAAGUGAAUCACGUCGGCUGAAUAUCCUCAGAUGUCAUAUUUAAAGUCAAUGUGCAUAAUCAUGAAACAUGGGAUGUUUUCUAACUUUUCAAACUUUCUUGUCUGAAGAUUGUAUUUUUUCGAUGUACAUGUUCAAUUCGAGGUGUUUACAUAAAUGUCAAAUAUAUAUCGCUGUA